AUGACAGAUAUGACAUUGCCUGACCCAGCUCCAGUACCAUAUUAUUAUGACUAUGGAGAUGACGGCGGAGCACUACAUGCAGAUGAACAAAAGUUAACAUUAUAUUUAGAUUAUUAUAGAUAUAAAAGAUAUAAUGCAAUAGAAAAAACGAGAAUAGUAUAUUAUUAUAUAGAUGACAAAAAUAAAUAUUAUAGUCAAGAUUUUACCUACCCUGAAAACAUAAGAUUAUAUUAUAAAAAAUAUUCUGACACAAACCAGAAGAAACCUGAAAUAGUUGCACUAUAUUUUAAGUUCAAAAGAGACAAUCCUAUAUUAUCUCAUAUGUUUGAUUUAAUGAACCCAGUAGGUUCUAUUUAUACAUCUAUGGAAGCAAGAGGUCCUCAAGUAAUGUUUGGUGUUGGUGCAUGGGAACAAAUAGUCGACAGGUUUUUGUAUUGUGCAAACUCUUCAAAGGAAACAGGUGGAAGUAAAACGAUUUCAGGUGAAAAUUUACCUGCACACAGUCACUACAUAGAUUUAAGCACAUCUCAAGCGGGUUGGCAUAAGCAUAGAUAUUGGGAUUGGCACGGCUUGACAAAAGGUAAAGGAUAUGAUGCUAAAGACAAUGCAACAUUCGCUAUUAACUAUUACUGGGAUGACACUCAGGGAGAAGGAAACCAUACACAUUUCGUUUCAGGAUAUACGCAAACAACGGGACAAAGUAAAGAAUACAUGCCACCUUACAUGACAGUUUACGCAUGGUAUAGAAUUGCUUAG